UCGGUUUUUAGACGCAUGACAGUUACGUUCUCUACUUUCCCAUGUGGUGCAAACUGGCGAUUCUUGUCCUAAAUUUGUCACUUAUGGAGGAAAGAGGAAAAAUCGAAAAUAGAUCAGGAAAAAAAAAAAAAAAAAAAGUAUAUUGCUGACAGUCAAACUGAAUCAAUCGUUAUUAGAAAGAAUAUAUUACCUACAUUCUCAAGAAUCUCAACCCUUCUGCACACAACCCAAUGCCCCUCCUCCUUUUUCCAUUUCCCUAGCUUGAUGUCCCGAUGCCCCUCCUCUGUUUUCCAUAUGCAUGGCGAGUCGAAAGAGGACAGCCAUACUUGGGAGUUUCCGACACCAGCAACCGCACGCUUAGGCCGCAUCAAAACGGCAACCCGAAGCAUCCACUAUCACCGCUGGUGGUGUGAACACACACACACAACCGGCUUCGUCAAAUCACCCAACCCUCUGUUGGACACCACAACGACAAAUUCCCGGAGGCGUUCCCACCCAUGAGGGGAAACCCCAUACACACUCUCAAAUUUUCCGGAGCCCGCAGGUUCUUGCCGAAAGAGCUAACACAUGCAAUCUCCCCCGGUUACCCGUGUACUGCAGAGCACAUGAUGGGACACACAUACACCGGUCUUCAUCCAGUCCAAACUCUUUCGUCGGUGCCAUGAGCCCCUCGAGACGCCAUGAGCCCCUUGACGCCAUUCCUGCUCUCAAGGAACAACAAGCAUCUACGAUGAUUAACAACCGCCACUUCAUUCUUUCUCUGUAGCAGAAUAUGGAUGAAAAACAGUAGGCUUCCUUCUAUCUCCCGUACCUCAGCACCAUGGAGACAGACAAUCCUCCCUCCCUCCCCACACCUCCCUCCCCCACCACCACAACCGCUUCCUCCUGCUUGCAAUCGACAGACUACUCGGACCUAAUCGCAGACCGAUCAUGUGCAAAACCCCUGCAGCAUGCAAUGACCAGCGCAUGUGCUGUUCGCUUGACCGCUUACAUCUGUGUGAACUCCUACGAGACCUUCCGCCGGUUGACGAAACAGGGAACGACAACAAGAACGCGGCCGAAGGGCAGGCGAGGCUUGGCAUAGCACUCAGAGCUGCUGAGCACUUUAUCAGGAAACCCACCGUCAUGCUCUGGGAGCUGCCACCAAUAACUGCAUCCGGUAGCCGACCAAGGGCCCUCUCUCCUUUCCCAACCACCUCCUCCUCCUCCUCCUCCUCCUCCUCCUCCGUGGAAUUCUCCAGGCGCAGAAGCAAUACAGAAUUCAGCAGAGAGGGCACAACUUUUUUUUUCGUCUUGCCUGCAGGUACAUCACCAGGCCGUCACAGGAGGUCACCCAUCCCGGCGCUAUUGCAGCCCGGCGCUAUUGCAGCCCAGCGCCACUUGGCUUCUGAGUUUGGAUGUGACCACCUCCUCCUCCUCUUCCUCGGUGGAAUUCUCCAGGCGCAGAAAGAGUAUAGACUUCAGCAGCGCAAGCAUAACUCUUUUUUUGUCUUGCCUGAAGCUACAGGACCAGGCCGUCCCAGGAGGUCACCUAUCCAAGUACUAUUGCAGCCCAACGGUACAUGACAGACCCCACUAGCCUCAGCAGGUCUAUACCAUACCGCCGCAACUAUAUCCCUAUUUUUACGGUGACUAGCUUCCUCCUCACGUCCAAACUUUUCCCACUUCUACGGACCGAAAACCACUGACAUCGAAAAGCCCUCGGCAACCGGACAAUUACUGAUAGGCCAGAAUAAGCCUUUUGCCUGUUUUUGAAUGAGAGAGCGGGUGCGGGCCUUUUUGCAAAACAUUGACGGACGACGUCCAUCGACCUCCACAAUUGAGGGGAUCCUGACAAUUUAUUGACUCUGCUGAGACGAACGCUUUUGCCUGUUCUUCGAUGAGAGAGCAGGUUUGACGGAUCAGGAAUCCGCCAGUACACAGGUGCAAGGAACACGUUGUGGGCGAACCGGGAGCGUAACGAAAAUGGUCGACUUUCAAACUCUUCUGCUGGCAAGCGGAGUCGAAUGGGUGGCAGUGCGGACGCUACACCUCCCAAGCUUUCAAACCUUCCUCACAUGGGUGAGCAAUAGCUGAAUGAAUGCAGCGCAGAUGCAACACCUCCAAGUUCAAACCUUCUUCGCAUGGGUGUGUAAUUAGUAAUUACCCCCCCCCAGUUACCAACGGAGCUGAUUUCACAGAGAACUGCAAGAUGAGUAGACGGAGGAGCAAAGGUCGUUCGAAACACAACGAGGCCGAAAGAGCGGACAAACAAACUGCGAACACCAACUGACACUACUCUCGCUUCUCAUCACCAAUGAAGAGGUGCGACUGUGAUCUGAGAACAAGUCGCUACGGGAAAAACGAAGGAAGACAAAUGAAACACAGUUCACACUUGUGGGCAAGAUAUUGACAGCCGGCAAUGCCUACACAACCUGACGUAAAUUGGGUGACGUCACUUGUCGUCACCAAUGAAGAGGCGCGGCGUUGACGAUGACAGAGUCGCAAAGGGGGAAAAAAAAAAAAGGGAGAGAAAUGGAACACAGUUCACACUCCUGGGCGAGAUACUGAGAUCUAGCAAUGCCUACACACAACAGGGUGUGAAUUGGGUGCCGUCCAUCACUCCACAAAUCAAUGGACACGUCAAUCAACAGAAACAGACAAAGACAGAAGAGUAAUGCGAUGCGAUCCUUUGGCCUGGCCAACAGAAGCUGGCUGACACCUUGAAUGUAUUCAAGAUUGCGGCUUGCCUGAGCCUUGUGAAACGCUCCACAAAGGGAACAAAAGAAUAACCUCUUC